CAGCGCGCUCUGUCCUGAUCAAUGAAGUCUGAUCAACAAUCAGCACGCGUGAUGUUUCUCUUCACAGUAUUGCUUCUGCCGGUUCUGUCGGUCUCCGGCUCUGAUCGAGUGUAUCAGCGCGUGGAUCCAGUGACCGGACAGACCAUUGUGUGUGAUCGGUGUCCGCCGGGGUUCCGCCUGAGCGCGCACUGCACGCGCUCCCGUCCGUCAGAGUGUGUCCCGUGCGGCGCGGAUCUGUACACGGAGUUCUGGAACUUCAUCCCGAACUGUCUGCGGUGCGACGCGUGUUCCGACCGUCAGCGGGUCGUUCGGGCGUGUAACGGGACCGUUAAUACCGUGUGUGAAUGUGAGGUCGGGUUUUAUUGGGAUCAAUUCUUCUGCAAGAGACACACCGUGUGUAAACCGGGACACGGAGUCAAAUCAUCAGGUACCCCACACACAGACACGGUAUGUGAACUCUGCGCAGAUGGACUGUUCGCUGACAUCACGCAGACACAUGCGGCAUGCGUCACUCACAGCGCAUGCGGGUCAGAUGAACAGCUGGUGCUGCCGGGAUCCAGGUGGCACGAUAACGUGUGUGCCACAUGUGACCAGAUCACAGAGAAAGGUUGGGUGGAUUUACUCCGUCCGAUUCUCUGGGGUCUGUUUGUACAGCAGAAAAUCCCUGCGCGACGACUUCAGCGGCUUGUGAAUCUUCUCCUGCAAAUGAAUUCGCAUUGGAGAGAGAUGUUCCAGAACACAGAGAGUCCGAUGGAUCGAAUCCAACUCUGGAUCAGUCAAGUAUCAGAGGAGGAACUGCAAAACCUGCUGCUGAAACUGAAGGCAACACAUCUGGGGCACUUAGCACACAAAAUCAAACAGAAAAUCAGAAAGUUUGAGAUGUUUGACAUUCGCUGCAGGAACAGCAAGAUUAGGAAGGAAAAUACUUUUAAUCAAUCACUCAACAUGAUUAAUUUAUUAUUAGAUGGACUGUAGUGCUCUUGGUCUUAGCUGUCGAGACGUGCAGAUGUUUGAGUAACUAUAACAGCUGUUACUGUGAUAGUACCGAUGCACAUGUGAGACAUGGACACUGUAUUUGUGCACUUUUGUUUUCUCUAGCUUGUUAAAGAGUUUUUGAAAAUAUUAAAUAUUUGUUUUGUUUUUACAGUGAAUGUCAUACAAUUC